ACGCAUGCAUGGUUGCAAAAUGAAUAGAAGUGGGCAUCAAAUAACAGGUUUUUCUCGUAAUUCGCGAGGUCAUCGUGGUGGAAAACAAUCCUUUCGCAAACAUGAGAUAUACAAAAAAGGGAAAAAGAAGUUAGAAAUUAUAGAUGAAGAAAUACAAGCGUUGAAAUCCCAGUACGAAGAGCUCGAAGUUGAAAAUAUCAAACUAUUUACAGAAAUACCUUUGUCAAAAAAUACUCUAGCAGGUUUGAAGGAUGGAGGUUACACUGCCCCUACAGAAAUACAGAAACAGUCAAUCGGUCUUGCUCUGCAAGGCCAUGAUAUCCUUGGAGCUGCUAAGACUGGUUCUGGGAAAACUCUGGCUUUCCUUAUUCCUGUUUUGGAGUGUCUGUGGCGACAGAAGUGGUCUGCUAUUGAUGGUCUUGGUGCUUUGAUCAUAUCUCCCACAAGAGAAUUAGCAUAUCAGACUUUUGAUGUGUUGAAGAAGAUUGGGAAGCAUCAUGAUUUCUCUGCAGGACUUGUAAUUGGUGGCAAGCAUGUGAGAGAAGAAGCAGAGAGAAUGAAUCGCACAAACAUUGUGAUCUGCACACCUGGUCGACUCCUACAACAUAUGGAUGAGACAGUCAACUUCUAUGCCACUGGUUUGCAAGUACUAGUCCUGGAUGAAGCAGACCGUAUCUUGGACCUUGGUUUCAAGGACACCAUGAACGCUGUGAUAGAAAAUCUUCCCGAGGAGAGGCAGACAUUGUUAUUCUCUGCCACCCAAACCAAAUCCGUGAAAGAUUUAGCUAGGCUCAGUCUUAAGAACCCAAUGUUUGUAUCCGUCCAUGAGAAUUCUAAACACAGUACUCCAGCCCAGUUAGAGCAGAGCUACAUUGUGUGUGACCUCCAUCAAAAGAUCCAUAUCUUGUGGUCAUUCAUAAAGAAUCACUUGAAGAAGAAGACUUUAGUGUUCAUUGCAAGCUGUAAACAGGUCCGAUUCAUCUAUGAAGUGUUCAAGAAGUUACGUCCGGGUGUGACAGUUUUAGGACUACACGGUGCAAUGAAUCAGCUGAAGAGGGUCGCUGUUUACGAUCAGUUCUGUCGCAAACAGCACGCUGUGUUGUUUGCCACGGAUAUUGCAGCUAGGGGAUUAGAUUUCCCUGCGGUACACUGGGUCUUGCAACUUGAUUGUCCCGAAGAUGCCAAUACGUACAUCCACCGAGCAGGGCGGACUGCCAGGUAUGAGAAGGGUGGUGAGGCUUUAUUGAUGUUGCUACCAUCUGAGGAACCAGCGAUGAUUGAACAGCUCGCUGCCAAGAAGAUUCCUGUGAACAGGAUCAGAAUCAACCCGAAUAAAGAGUGGAGUAUCCAGGGCAAGCUAGAGGCGUUGUUGGCAUCUGAUAGGAUGCUCAAAGAGGCGGCACAAAGGGCUUUUGUUUCCUAUGUGCGCUCUGUGCAUUUCAUGAGUAACAAGGCUGUCUUUGAUGUUCAAAAGUUAGAUACAGAUCAGUUUGCUCGGUCGAUGGGUCUAGCUAUUCCUCCUCGGAUACGAUUCUUACGCAAAGUUGAGGCAUUGGCACGGCAAGAAACUGAAAAAGAAAGGAAGAAGGCGGCAAAGAAAGGGAAGAAAGCACGUACGCCAGAAGAGAUUCUGAAUAAGGCCAAGCAAAUAAAACUGAAUAAAAUUGGUGCUGAGGAGGAGGAGGCUGAGAAAAAUAUGGAUGCAGGUUUUGAGUCUGAGGAGUACGAUGAAUCUGGUUCUGCUGAAUCAGAUGUAGAUUCUGACGAAUCUGAUGGCGAUUCGGACACUGGAGUUGUACAAACAGACUCCCUGGAGAGACGGACUAAGGCUGUUACUAAGUCAGUUAAAAAGGGUGUGCUGGAUACUUUGAAAGAACUUGGCCCUGGUGUGUCGGACUCUGAUGAUUCUGAGUCAGGUGAGGAGUCAAGUGAAAGUGACUCGGACGAUUCUUCAGAGGGAAGGACAAGUAGGGUUGAGGGGAAGUCAAAAGAUGUUCCAAGGAGUAAUUUGCCAAGGCAAGAGGUUUACAGUUUUGGCAUUGACGAUGAUGAUGAUGAGCUUUUUACUGUGAAGAAGGGUGUUGCUAUUUCAUCAUCGGAUGAAGAUGAGGCUACAAUUGCGAAGAUACUGGAGGAAAGUAAGAGAGGCAAAAAGGCAAAACCUUUGACCAAGUUUGCACUCGCUAAGAAAUUGCAGAAGAAGGAGAUUACAGUGAACACUAAAGUAGUGUUUGAUGAGGAGGGUGAGGCACUUGAAGAUUCCAACAAAAAGCGCAAGACGGACAAUGGUCAUGACAAUGAUGUUGGUGGACUAAAUAUAGAAUUGGCACGCCGCAAGAUGCAGGAGGAGGAUAAAAUUGACAAGGAAAUCUUCAAGGAGAAGGUCCGGCAGAAACACAAGGAGGAGAGACGGAAGAAGAAGGAGAAGGCCAGGAAGAAGAAUAAGAAACAAGAUGAAGAUGAGGAAGACGAGUUCCAGGUCACCUUGGGGGCUCCCGCUGAUGGCAAUGAUUCGUUUGACUCUGAACUUGAGAGUGGGAAAGAAGACUCUCCCGUUGAACUGGAGGAAUAUAGUGCUGGUUCGGAGUCUGAAUCAGAUGAUGAAAUACCAAGUAAAAGGCAGAAGUUCAGUGAAAAUGUCAUGGAGGAGGAAGAAGAUAUGGAUACUGGUGAUGAGGUUGAAAGCAACGACGAUGGAAGCGAUGAUGAUGGUGUUCAGGACGACGAUGAUGAUAAUGAUGAUGAUCAGGAUAACGAUAAUGAUAAUGAGGCAUAUGGUGGAGAUGAUCUGGACGUUGAUGAGGCAUUUGCUCUGAAGCUCCUUCAGCAUUGAGAAUGAAAAUGACCAAAACUCUUUUGCUUCAAUUCCUCAUUUUAGACUCUCGAAACCUGAUGGAAUUGUGCUGACUGUGUACCCCAUAUGUGACUUUACAACCAUGGCUCUGUCGAAACAGUCAUGCUCAGAUAAAUCCUCAGACAUUUAAACAGUGAUGAUCUUCUUCUCCGUUCAGAAUUUUUGAGAUGCACAGUAGACGGUCAGUCCUAUCGGUAACAAACUCAGCUGUCCUAAUGAGUGCCUGGGUUUUGUGAUGUUCAUACAUUGUAAUGUCUGCAUUGUUAAAAAUCUCUGAGCACGUUAUUCUAAUAACAAUGCUGUGCCACUUAGUAUCAUGUUACAUAAAAACAAGCAUGUAAUCUUCAUGGAUGCAUCAUAAUA